AUGUCCUCGCUUCUAAAAUACGCGCCGUUGCCGAAAAAGCAACUUAAACCAAAAGAAAAGAGAGAACUGAGCUUUUACGCCUUGGCACACAAGAUGCAUCAAAUAUAUAUCCCGUUUAAAAGACCGACCAAGGUGCAGAAAGAGAUCAUCAACGCAAUUCUCAACAGAAAAUCCGCUAUCUUUCUUUCGAACACUGGAUCAGGAAAGAGCUAUGGCUAUUCGUUGGGACUAGCAAUAAGAUACCACAAAGAAAAGGGCAAGAGGUUGAAGGCUGUGAUAGUUCUCCCCACGAAGGAGCUGGUCGAGCAGAUGUACACGAUUCUCAAACAAAUUGCAAAAAAUACGAUUAGAAUCGUUAAUUUAUCGUCGGCAUUUCCUGAAGAAAAGGAUGUAAGAAAGUUAGAGGGUAAUCCCGAUGUUGUGGUAACAACGGCCGGUCGAUUUAAGCUUGUCAAGAACUUUGAUCUCCUCAUUCUUGACGAGGUCGAUCUUUUGCUUCGUGAGGGCUUUGCUAUUGACGAGGUGCGAAAUUAUCAGCUAAUCUGCACAAGUGCAACGUUCAACAACAAGUACAACGAUUUUUUGAACUUAGAGAUGGUAAAUGUGCAAGAGAAAAUAGAAAGAAAUGAAAUCAAUUUGUACAUGAGGAGGGAGGAGAAAAUCGGUGCUCUUGAAGUGCUGCUCGACAAUUUCAAUUCAAUACUCGUUUUUGCAUCUUCACGUGUUCGUGUGGAGGAGAUUGUGUCCUAUUUCAAGCAGCACGAUAAGUUCAAGAACCAAAUCGACGGAAUACACGGUGAUCUGGACAGCCAGUUCAGAGAGGAGAACUGCUUAGAUUUUAAGCACAAACAGCUAAGGAUACUGGUUGUUACAGAUGUCGCAUCGAGGGGAUUGAAUAUGAAUGCUGCGUGUAUUGUGAACUACGAUAUAGCGGAUGAGGAAGGCCUCGUACACAGAAAAGGGCGCAUAGAAAGGGGCGGCACGGUUGUGAACUUUUUUACGUUCUUUGAGCUUAAAUUUGUCAACUCAGACUUGUUCUCGGUUGGUCGGGUGAGGACCAAGGACAUCAAUGAGUGUGCAGAAAAGAGCUAUGAGAAGAUGAAAGGGAUGAUUAGGCACACCGUGAAUACGAAAAAUGUGGAUAUACAGCAGUUGGAAGUACAUCCCCUGUUCCAUACCAGGGCGGCAAUCGGCGAAGAUCAUAGAUGCGAUUUGAAAGCAGCUCUGCGGAACACGAUUGAUACCUAUAAGAAAGAAAGCAAGGCAAAAAAAAUUGAAAACAAAUUCAAAGAUCAAUUUUACAUACCAUACAGCAAAUGAAGAGGUGAUUGAAGUGUGUGUUGAGGUUUUACUGUUUUUCAGUAAAGGUACA